CCGGGGGAGCGCUCGCGCGCGGGCGCGCGCGCGCUCGCGCCUCGGUGCGCGCGGGGCCGCGCGUGUGUUUGUGUGCGUGCGGCAGUCGGGAGGGCGGCGAGGCGGCGGUGCGAGGGGGAGCCGCCUCCUCCUCCUCCUCCUCCUCCUCCUCCUCCUCCUCCCGGCGCCGCGGGGGCCUCGCAGCGCCCGGCAGCACCGAAAAAGAAAGGGGCAGAAGGGGAGAAAAAGGGGGGGAAACCCGGGAGCAUGCGGGCGGCGCGGCGGGGGCGCGGCGCCUGAGGCGGGGGCGGCCAUGCUGCUGGCCUCGGCCGCCGUGGUGUGGGAAUGGCUCAACGAGCACGGGCGCUGGCGGCCCUACGGGCCGGCCGUGAGCCACCACAUCGAGGCGGUGGCCCGCGCGGGGCCGCGCGCCGGCGGCAGCGUGGUGCUGGGCCAGGCCGACAGCCGCCUGGCGCCCUACAUCAUCGACCUGCAGUCCAUGCACCAGUUCCGCCAGGACACGGGCACCAUCCGCCCCGUGCGGCGCAGCUACUACGACCCGUCGUCGGCGCCGGGCAAGGGCGUCGUGUGGGAGUGGGAGAACGACAGCGGCUCCUGGACGCCCUACGACAUGGACGUGGGCAUCACCAUCCAGCGGGCCUACGAGAAGCAGCACCCCUGGGUGGACCUGAGCGCCAUCGGCUUCUGCUACGUCAUCGACUUCGCCACCAUGGGCCAGAUCAACCGGCAGACCCGCCGCAAGCGCCGCGUCCGCCGCCGCCUUGACAUGAUCUACCCGCUGGUCUCGGGCGCCUUGCCCAAGUCCCAGUCGUGGCCGGCCAGCCCCGGCGCCGCCGCCGCCGCCUCGCCGCCGCCGCCCGCCUGCACGUGUCCCCAGUGCCUCCUGGUCCGCAGCGUCAAGGCGGCGGCGGCGGCGGCGGGCGGCCCCGCGGCCCCGCAGCAGCGCAGGGCGGCCGCGCCGGCCCCGGGGGCCGCGGUGCCCCACGGCGCGGCCGGGCCGCCCGCCGGGGCGCCCCAGGCGCUGGCUUCCCAAGGGGGCCGGCGGCAGGCGGCCAGCGCCCCGGCGUUGAGCGCCGCCGGCUCGGCAUCCGGGCCCGGCGGGGCGGGCGACGGCAAGGCGCCUCGCCCGGGCCUCGGCACCCUCAACCGCAGCCACCUGCAGCGCUUGGCCAUCGCCCAGUCCCGGGUGCUCAUCGCCUCCGGGGUCCCCACCGUCCCCGUGAAGAACCUCACCGGCUCCAGCCCCGUCAACCCGGCGCUGGCAGGCAUCACGGGGAUCCUGAUGAGCGCCGCCGGGCUGCCCGUCUGCCUCACGCGGCCCCCCAAGCUGGUGCUGCACCCGCCGCCCGUCAGCAAAAGCGACAUCCAGGCCAUCCCCGGCAUCUCCCACACCUGCCGCAAGACCACCAAGAAGCAGGCCAAGAAGGGGAAAACCCCGGAGGAGGUCCUGAAAAAGUACCUGCAGAAGGUGCGGCAUCCCCCGGACGAGGACUGCACCAUCUGCAUGGAGCGCCUCUGCGCGCCCUCCGGCUACAAGGGGCCGCAGCCGGCCGUCAAGCCCGAGCUGGUGGGCAAGCUGGCCAAGUGCGGGCACGUCUUCCACCUCCACUGCCUCGUCGCCAUGUACAACAACGGCAACAAGGACGGGAGCCUGCAGUGUCCGACCUGCAAAACCAUCUACGGGGUGAAGACCGGCACUCAGCCCCCUGGGAAGAUGGAGUAUCACAUCAUCCCUCACGCGCUGCCCGGCCACUCCGACUGCAAAACCAUCCGCAUCAUCUACAACAUCCCGCCGGGGGUGCAGGGACCGGAGCAUCCGAACCCCGGGAAAAGCUUCACCGCCCGCGGCUUCCCACGGCACUGUUACCUGCCGGACAGCGAGAAGGGCAGGAAGGUACUGAAGUUGCUGUUGGUGGCCUGGGACCGGCGCUUGAUCUUUGCCAUCGGGACCUCCAGCACCACGGGCGAGUCGGACACCGUGAUCUGGAACGAGAUCCACCACAAGACGGAGUUCGGCUCCAACCUCACCGGCCACGGCUACCCCGACGUCAACUACCUGGACAACGUGCUGGCUGAGCUCGCGGCCCAGGGCAUCACCGAGGAGAGCUUAGCCCAGGAGAAGGACUGAGACUGGCGGGGAGGCGAGGGAAGGGGCCCCCCCAUCGCGGGCGGCCGCCCUUGGUACCUGCUGCCGCCUCCCCGCGCCCUGGCUCGCCGCCGCCUCUUCCGUCCCGCCGUAUCCCGCUCCGAGGAGAAAGCCGGCGGAGAAACCAGGCCGGGGCUUUGCACGGAGGAGCUGGAGACCCUCCGUCCCCGGUGCUCGGUCGGUGGGAGCAUCCCCAGGCCGGGGCCUGCUGGGGACGUGGGAGAAGGUCGUUUUGGACACCCCCUUCCCUUCCCUGGAGGUGGCCGCGAGCUCUGGGAGGGGAAGCGAAAGGCCGAAGUCUGGAAGCGGCCUCCCCGGCGACGAGGGAGCCGUCCUGCCCCAUGGAGCCCGCGAGGAUUUGGACCAACCCCAGUGCCACGUCCGGGCUUGUCACCGGUUACUUGUUGUCACCUUGCUGCCACGCCGGGAGCUGGAGAGGUGCCAGGGCCAGGCAGCCCUGUCCUGUCCCUCCUGUCCCUCAUCAGGACAUGCCUGGCCUGGCCCCGUCCCCCCGCAGCCCCUCUCCCCAAAUCUUGGGGCCGGAGGGCUGGGGAGCGGGACUGGGGGUCCCCCCCUGCCUCGCUGUCCCCCGUCGCUCCGGCCCGGACUCGUCCCGCAGUCGUUUCUUCGUUCGUUUGUCCUGUCCGGCGCAUCCCAACCGGUCUCCUGUGUCCGUGCAGGGGGGGCGCCGUGUCCGUCCGUCUCGGCCGGCCCCGCUCCGUGUGUGCCCCCCCCAGCUCUCUGUUUGGCCGUGGCUGCGCCCUGCGGGGUCACCGUGUCCCGGUUUCGGAGAGGGACCAGCGGGGGGGUGGGGGGCCCGUUCCCCGGCCCCAUCUCCCAGCCCUCCCGCCGUCGGUAUGGGGGGGGGUCCCCCCCUUGCCUUUCAUAUACCUCAUGUUUUGGGGGUGUCUUGUAUGUGUGUACAUAGAGGUUGCGUCCUGCUGGGGGGGGGGGGGGCUGGUCGUGCUCCCCCCCCUUUGCCCCAAGGUCCCCCCCGUCCGACAAGAGCACCCAGGGGAUGGAGGGGGGGCAGAGCCCGCUGCUCCCCGACCCCCCCCAGCCCCGAAUCGCUCCCUAUGGGGUCGGCUCCUCCAGGUUUGACCCCCCGGGUUGCGUUUCCCCCCGUGCCCGGGGGGCCGCGGGGGGCCGGCGAAGGGGGAUGGGGGGGGCACGUCCUGCUGUGAACCGUUGUGUCGUCGUCGCUGUCACCCCCCUCCCCGUGUGUGCGCGGUGCCGCCCCGCCGGAGGGGACAAUAAACGGCUGGCGGGGGACGCUCGCUGUCUCCGUCCCGUCCCUCGUCUUCUGUCCGUCUGUGUGGCCGGGCUGGCGGGGCGGGGGGGGCGAUUUGUUCUACCUCGGGGGGGGGGGGCAAACAACAACAACAACAACAACAACAACAACAACAACAACAACAACAAUCUCUUUUCUCCAGGGAAACCCUCUUUUUUGGGCAGCUCUGCCGAAAAAGCAGAACUGGAGCUAUGCAAAACCCUUGCGAGCCCGGGGAGCGGGGUGGGGGGGGGACCAAGGCGGGGGUCCCCGGCCCCAGGUGCCGGAUCGACGCCUCCGCUACGACGCAGUCUUACUUUAAUAAGGUUUUUUUUUCUUUUUAAUGCCGUGUUGCCUAUGCAAUUAGUCGCCGGCCCCGAAAUAAAAAUCGCUCCGUGCCUCUUUG